UAUAUGACUGUUCUAGUUAUAAAAAGUGAAAUUUGCUAAAUACUUGUUUUAAUUUGUGUCCUGGAAUUUAUGUAAUAAAUAACUUUCAUAUCAUUUGAAAAAGUAUGUUAAUCAAAUACCUACGGAAUCAUAUAUCAUAAACUGUAAUUAGUGACUCAAACGAGUGAAAUUUACAAUAUUAAUAUUAAUAUCAAUCGAAUAAUCUACAAUAGCUCAUACACAAUCCUUUGUUCAAGCGUUUAAAUAGCUUAUCAUUAACACAGAAUUUCAAUAACUUCUUAAAGAGCAAAGUUCGACAACAACCACAUCGAAAUAAGCAGAUAUGGCAACGCGCAAGAAGUCUUUGCUGAAAGUGAUCAUACUAGGAGAUAGUAGCGUUGGAAAGACCUCACUCAUGAAUCAAUAUAUAAAUAAACGAUUCUCAAAUCAAUACAAGGCAACGAUCGGAGCAGAUUUCUGUACAAAAGAAGUCAUUGCUGACGACCGAGUAGUCACAAUGCAAAUUUGGGAUACUGCUGGACAAGAACGCUUUCAAUCUCUGGGUGUGGCCUUCUAUCGUGGCGCUGAUUGUUGUGUUCUUGUAUACGACGUCACUUCACCAAACUCAUUCAAAAAUCUGGAUUCAUGGCGUGAUGAGUUUUUGAUACAGGCCAGUCCAAGAGAUCCGGAUCACUUUCCUUUCGUGGUGCUCGGAAAUAAAGUUGACAUGGAUAAUCGGCAGGUAUCUACUCGACGAGCUCAACAGUGGUGUCAAUCUAAAAAUGAUAUGCCAUACUUUGAAACUUCAGCGAAAGACGGCACUAAUGUAGAAUUGGCAUUCCAAACUAUUGCCAGAAAUGCGCUUGCUCAAGAAGCCGAGGUUGAACUGUACAAUGAAUUUCCUGAUCAAAUCCGCCUUAACACAGAUCGUAACAAUCGCAAUGGAAACUCUGAUAACUGUCAGUGCUAAUAUAACUAUGCUGAAUUUAGCAGAAUAAUGGAUUGUAUUGAAAUGAGCGUAAAAAAAUACAUAUACAUAGAUAUGAAUAUUCAUAACGCGUUCGCGGCUAUAAAGAAUUCAUCAGAAAAUAGACGUAAACAAAGAUGCAAUUGGUAUAAUAUUAAAAGAACGAAAAUAUUAAAAAAGUAAAUAUAUUUGCAUAAAACUGCAACUAAACAUAAUUUAAAUAUACAUUAAAAUAUGAAUAUUAUUACUAUAAUACUACACACAAUUAUACAUAUAUGAAAAAGAUUACGAUCUAUAAUUCAAAGGGGUUAUACAUUAAGUAAAACAAUUUUCAAGAGAAAUAAAUUAAAAUCGAAAAAACUCACACCGUACUAAGAGAAAAACCAUUUUUUCAGCUACAAGUUCCGCCAAAUAAAAGUGAAGUUAACUUGAACUAUUUGUAUGGAUUACAUUACACUCAAUCGUUCUAAAGUUCUAAAUUGCAAUAUAUGUGCAACUUAUUUUUAUAAUAAAGUUACGUAUUUAGAUAAAUUAAUUUUUUUGUUACCGCCACAUAGUAAAAAAAACAUUGACUUCCAAAAAUACUAAGUGUAAGCCAUUUUUCAACACAUUCAAUGUGUACGUUUUAUUGAGUAUUAUAGUGACUUGGUUAAUGAAAUCGAAUAUUUAGUUUUCUUUAUAAAAUAUAGUACACUUUUUAUUAAAGAAAAUUAUCUAAACAUUUA